UUUCUCAUUUCACUUGAAGUUCGCCGGUGAUAAUCUCUGUCGAAAUUCGAAAAGAGCAGAGAAGAAGAAGAGGGACAACUUUGAGGAAAUAAAUGGGAAAAAAAGGAAUAAUAAAGAAAGCAAUGGAGGUGGGAGAAAUUGGAUUCAGCAAAGAUGGUGGAGCCAUUAACUGGUUCCCAGGCCACAUGGCCGCCGCCACUCGCGCCAUCCGUAGCCGCCUCAAGCUCUCUGACCUCGUCAUCGAAGUUCGUGAUGCCCGUAUUCCAUUUUCGUCUGCUAAUCAAGACUUGCAGCCUCAGCUCUCAGCUAAAAGACGUGUCAUUGCUCUCAACAAGAAAGAUUUAGCCAACUCCAAUGUCCUCAAUAAAUGGGUCCGUUAUUUUGAUUCGUGUAAGCAAGAUUGCCUUCCUAUAAGUGCACAUAGCAGAAGUUCUGUCAGAAAGCUUCUUGAUCUUGUGGAGUUGAAAUUGAAGGAAGUGAUUUCAAGAGAGCCUACCCUUCUUGUUAUGGUAGUUGGCGUUCCUAAUGUGGGGAAAUCAGCUUUGAUAAAUUCAAUCCAUCAAAUUGCAUCAACUCGCUUUCCUCUGCAGGAGAAGAUGAAACGAGCCACUGUUGGUCCAUUGCCAGGUGUUACUCAAGAUAUUGCUGGUUACAAGAUUGCUCAUCAACCAAGCAUUUAUGUGCUUGAUACACCAGGUGUACUAGUCCCAAACAUCCCAAACAUAGAGAUAGGGUUAAAGCUAGCUCUGGCAGGGUCUGUAAAGGAUUCAGUAGUUGGUGAGGAUCGCAUUGUACAAUAUCUACUGACUGUGCUGAAUACUCGAGGCACUCCACUUCACUGGAAGCAUUUAGCUAACCCAAUAGAAGAGACCACCCAAAUUUCUGAGGACAAACCAGAUUACAAUCCAAAAGAUAUACGGCCCAAAAUGAAGAAGCUGCCCGAUGCAUCUGAUCUGCUGUAUGUCAAGGAUCUUGUAGCAGAAGUUCGACAUGCACUCUAUGUAACUCUGUCCGAAUUUGGUGGUAGUAUCGAAGAUGAGAAUGAUAUGGAGUGCCUUGUUGAACAUCAAUAUGAAGUGCUGCAGAAAGUAUUGAGGAUACCUCAUAAGUCAUCUGAAUCCCGUUUGAUGGUAUCAAAGAAGUUUCUUACUUUAUUUAGGUCAGGUAAACUUGGUUCUUUUGUCCUUGAUGAUGUCCCUGAAUCAUAAAAUAACUUUCCCCCUUUUAUUUUAGUCCUUAAUUUUCACAAAUGGGAGGAAAUGAAUCAUUGGUAUAUCGUAUCACUUCAACGGUUUUCAGUA